AUGUAUUACAAGAAAGCAGUCCUAACAUCCCUAUUAACCAGUAUUGCACUAAGCGCAUACGCUCCACCUGAGCCAUGGGCAACCUUAACACCAAGUUCCAAAAUGGAUGGUGGUACAACAGAUUACCGAACUUCAUUUGGUCUCGCUGUUGUACCUUUCACUAUUAUUGAAAGUAAGGUCAAAAGAAAUGUCAUUUCACAAAUCAAUGACGGUCAAGUGCAAGUGACGACACAAAAAGUACCUGCUCCAGUUUCACAAAUAGGUGACGGUCAGGUACAAGUUAGCACGCAGAAAGUACCUUCCGUGUCUCACAUAGUGUCACAAAUAGGUGAUGGUCAAUUACAAUUAACUACAGCCAAAAAUGUUGCUACAAAAUCCACCAUUUCUGUAUCAACUAAAACUGCAACUGCAACCGCUAUAUCUCAAAUUCAUGAUGGUCAAGUUCAAGUAACCACAGUAUCCACAAGUAAGCGUGAGCCUUCAAAGAGCAGGCUAGAACCAACAGAAAGCUCAAAUAACGAAACUGUAAUCAAAGUACAAGCCUGCAAAAAUUCUGGCACAUUGGAAAUGACAUUACAGGGUGGUGUUCUGAUUGACUCCAAGAAUAGAAUUGGGUCUAUUGUAGCAAACAGACAGUUUCAAUUUGAUGGGCCACCUCCACAGGCAGGCGCUAUCUACGCUGGUGGCUGGUCGAUAACAAAGCAUGGCACUUUAGCUAUCGGUAAUAAUGACGUGUUUUACCAAUGUUUGUCGGGCACCUUCUAUAACCUUUACGAUCAGUCUAUUGGCGGUCAAUGUAAUCCUGUCCAUUUACAAACAGUUGGUCUCGUUGAUUGUUGA